AGCAACGUAAUUCAAAUAUAGACUAGAGGGAUCAGCCUAUCUAGCCCAGGUCAAGCUGCUUAAUUCAUUCUUUGUUUCAAAAUAAAUAGCAUAUAGUCUCUAUUAGGCUAUAUUUAAUUAAUUGUAAUUGUAUUUUCAGGACUAGUGUGUCUAAUGAGUCAUGGUAUUAAUAAGUAGCUUUAAAGUAACGUUGUAUCCAGUUCUGUAGAUUUGUUUGACAGUUCCAUGUUACUGAUUUUUCUUGUGUUUUCUUGUUACUGAAGGCUUCUGUGUUUUAAGGGCUACUACUGAUAAAUUGACAUCCACACAAAGUCUAUUGCAUCCUACAUGACCCUGUUAAAUAUACGUCUUUUAGAGCAGCUUGGCAUGAGUGAGACUAUUGGUCUGAUAGCCUGCCGGUGUAUUUGUGAAAGUGGGACAAGACGUGAAAAACAAUUGUGAUUGCUGAUGUGUCAUGUGCUGAUAUGACUCCUGUUAUAUUGUGACUGUAUUGUAUAUUUUACAGUAAUUUAUCCUAGAUUGUCUUUUGCUUUGAUUGAACCUGGGUCAGUAGGUAACAGCAAAAUGUUGCUUUCUUUCUUCAUUACAGCUUCUAUAACAUAUUAUUUCUCAAACACUACAAAAAAAAAACAGUCUGUAGAAUGUGUGCUGAACGUGUGCAAGAGAUUAUCGAAAACGGGUUGGUAAAAUGCACUUUUUAUUUUCUCAUGACUAUAACUUUUCUUUCUGGGAUAAUUUAUUCUUGGUUCUGUGUUAGGUUGGCAAAUUGGGAGCAGGAAUAUAUGUCUAAUGCAGCUCAGUUCAUCCUAAAAGCCCUUGGGCUGUUGGCUUGUGAUCCCAAUUUACGGACACUCUUUGAUGAGAUGCUGCAUAGUAUCUUAUUUUUGGGAUACUGUCUUGAAUUCCGAGCAACUCCUGAAGAAACCCUGGGUGAAGACAUGUGUGAACUGCUCAGGGAUUCUGGCUUUAGUAGAGCAUUGAUGGAGUAUGUCAACAAAUUACCUCGACGAUCACCGUUUUCCUGUCUGCUUGAUAUGAUUGUGACAAUUGUGGGGAGAGACAAUGCUGAUCGAGUACGUGAGGAAUUGAGAGACUUCAUCAACAACUUAGACGUGAAGGGGAGUGAGACGCUUAUUGGUAAAACCAUAUGCAUCACUUCUGAUCUGAUUACCAACGAGGUCUUGACUUAUGGGGCUUCCCUUUCUCACACCCUGAAGAGGAAUAAGAAAAUCAUUCUGGCCGUGUCCUGUUUGCACACAUGGCAUCCUCUAGUGUCAUAUGCUGUUAUGUGCCAAACCCAAGGUGUAGCUAAAGUCAGCAUUAAUCUCCAAAACAUAUCUGCUAGCUGCACUGCAUACGAUGUCAACACCUUGGAAGAAAAACCUCCAUGUCAUUUUUGCCAAGAGAUGUUCCCCCUUGAGGGAAAUGUCCCAAUUCAUGGUCCCAGCCAUCUCCCUGGCAACUGUGCUGAGCCAGAGGCCAUAAGCAAACUGCUACGGAUCAAAAAUAUCAACAUGAAUCAAACAAAUAUUGAACUUAUUGCAAAUCUGGGGCAUCAAUAUCCAAGGCAUGUGUCAUUGGAAUCAAUAUACAUGCCUCUGGAGUGAGAGACCUUGUUCCAAUAGAUGGUGACAAAGACUUAGAGUACAGUCAGGCGUACAGAUUUCAUAUUGUGAUGAAUAGCAGGAAAGCAUAGGGUUGGACUGACCUGAGAUCAGAACUGAAGUUAGAUAGACAAAGAGUUCAGAUUGCCUCAUUUAAUUAAAGGUAGAGUCUGCCAUUUUAAUCCAGUACACUUCUUUUUUAUCAAAGUCAGUGAAUGGUCCCUUUACGAUGGUUCUGUGUGUAAACUAAACAAAAAAAAACUCUUGACAAUUAGUUACAGUUCUGUUUUUGAGAAUUAGGCAUGGCUGUGUUAGUGACGAAUGUGUGAGAAUUGUAAAUCUGUGCUGUACACGUGUGCAAACUUAUUAAUAAAGAUGGAGGGUAAA